CCAAGAUUCAUUUCUAAACUUAUAACUGUGUAAUUAUCUGUUCAAAGCGUCGCUGGUCUGGACUUCAUCAACUAAUGAAGUUUGUUCAGGAAACUAAGAAGAGAAGAAGAGAAAGAUGUCUGCUUCAAAAUCUACUUUAUCCGUGUUUCUCCUCAUGUGUUUCCUGUUCUGUUCUGUCUCUGAAGAUAAAACAGUGAAGUCUGGAGCUGAUGUCACUCUUCACUGUCAGAGUCCCAGAGAUGAAGACAUCACAUCAUUAAAGUGGAUCAGACCAGACCUGAAGACAGAUGAGUACAUCUUCUUCUUCAGAGACAACCGAACAUAUGAACACUUCCAGCAUCCAUCUUUUCGUGGUCGAGUGCAGCUGAUGGAUCCACAGAUGAAGAACGGAGACGUUUCUGUGAUUCUGAAGAACGUCACCAUCAACGACACUGGAACAUACAAAUGUCGAGUUAAAGUGAGCAACACAAAGCCUGAGCUCAUGAACACCAUCAUCCUGACAGUCACUGACUCAGGUCAAACAUCUGAAGGAAAUGUUGGACUGAAAGCUGGACUGCCUGUUGUUGGGAUUCUUCUUGUUGCUGCUGUUGUUGGUUUUGUAUUUUAUAUAAGACUUAAUGGAUGUCCUUUCCAACGUGUUCUUCGUAGAGCAGCUGAUCCCCAGCAGGUCUGAAAGCUCUCAGAUCUCUGAACUCUUGAAUCUUUCUGCAGCUUUUACAGCAGCUACAUGGUCUGAAUUAGAACUGAGUCUAAAUGUUUAGAACUCAGUUCUUUCAUCAGUACUUAAAGAAAGUGGAGAAUGUGGUUUUAGUGUAAUUAGUGAUCAGGCUGCAGCUCCUCCUCUCAUCACAUCAUUUAUUCACAAUGUGAGAACAGCACUGAACUGUGAAGACAAUCAGACACAGCAGUCACACUGUGUCAUUAACACUUCCUGUUUGUCAUGUGACCCACACUGGCCCACAAAAACAUUUUGAUCUAAUUCAAUCAUUUAAAAAAGCAGCGUCUGUAUAAAACGACUCAUUUUAUUAUCAGGAUUUGAUCCAUUUAGAACAAUAAGAUGCAGCUUAAUAAUGUGUGUGAUGUGGUUUUCCCAUAAAAAAAUGAUCAUUAUCACUUUAAAACCCUUAAAUAAUCCUUCUGCCUCAUUAAAACCCAGAAUCUAUAACGAUGUAAAUACAUUUAGAUGUUUCCUCCUUCACUCUCAGUGUUUGUGAUCUGCAGGCUUCAAACUGAUACUGGACCAUUAUUGGCUCCAAACUGGUUGUGAUGUCACAAAUCCUGCUCAUUGGUCCAGUUUUCUA